UACAUUUCUUACAAUUGCGAUUACCGUCACUGUAUUUUUAAUUUCAAAUAAACCGCGUUACAUGGUGCAGAUAUCAUCCAUAAAUGCGUUUUAUCGUAAUGAAAACUUCGAACAUAUCAAAUUAAGGUCUAUGAUAGUAACGUGAAAAUUAGUUAUCUAAUUUCACUCUUUAUUGAAAUGUGAAAGAGAAGAGGAAAGUGUUUCGUUCUCCUAAAGCGGUUCAAAUGAAAAUAAAAUUAUACAGGGUUUUGGGAAGCAAGUUACGUUCCUGAAUAAUAUGGUACGUUGUGUCGACAAUCGGGUAGGGGGGGGGGACUACUUUCCGUUGAGGAGGUGAGUGUGCGUGUGCGUCUCGCGGUCGAGACCUCGCUAGAGAAAAUGAAAUCUGAAAUGGUUACUACCGCGCUAUGACCCUAAAAAGCAAAUGUUUCUCUUUCUCUGUGAGUGAAUAAUAAACGAUUGAUCAGGCGAAAUGGAGGGCAGCGUAACGAAGAACGAGACUGCAAUAGCACCAGAGCUGUACUUCCUAAUUGCUAAAUUCUUAGCGGCGGGACCUUGUCGCGAAGCCGCAGACGUGUUGAAGCGUGAAUUGGAGCGAGCUAAGGUUUUACCGCAAAGACUAGAUUGGGGAGGGCAUGUACAUAAUCAAACCUUUGAAGAGUUGGAAAAGAAAUAUUCUCAUAUUGGAUCAAAUCAUUUAUUACAAAUAUGUGCCAGAAUUGGACCAGUAUUGGAAAAAGAGGUACCGCCAUGCAUACCAGGAGCGAUAUCUCUUCUAGGAGCUGGCAGGCAAUCUUUGUUACGUACACACGAAGAUGUCCAACGUCAAGUGCAUGGCAUUAUUUCAUAUUCUGGCAGACUAGGUGGAAAACCAUUUUUGGCUUCACCUUAUAGUUUAUCAGUGCCUAAUAUAGUACAUGUACUUCAGGGAAGGGAGAAUUCCGGGCCUCUAGGUCGACGAGAGGCAAUACCAACAAAGUUUUACAAUAAAAUGCAGUUGUAUAGACACACAUUAGGACAUUUAUCUGCAGUAUAUUGUGUUCUCUUUGAUCGCACUGGGAAAUAUAUAAUAACUGGUGCAGAUGAUUUACUUGUUAAAGUAUGGAGUUCUAUUGAUGGGCGAUUAUUAGCAACUUUUCGCGGAGCAUCUGCUGAAAUUAUGGAUAUUGCAGUAAAUUUUGAUAACACUUUACUUGCUGCUGGUAGCCUAGAUCGAAUAUUAAGAGUCUGGUGUUUUCAAACAAUGUCUCCUGUUGCAGUUCUAUCUGGACACUCUGGUAUGAUUACAUCUGUAAAUUUUUGUCCUAUAUCUUGUAAUGGCGUAUAUUAUUUAGUUUCUACAAGUACAGAUGGAUCUGUUGCUUUCUGGUCUCAUACAAAGAAAGGCAAUGAAAGAGCAGUUUUUCAGCCGAAACCAAUUCAAUACCAUGAAAAAAUGCGACCUGGUCAAGCACAAAUGAUAUGUGCGUCAUUUAGUCCUGGUGGUGCAUUUAUGGCUGCUGGUUCUGCAGAUCAUCAUGUUAGAGUGUAUGCGAUGUUAGGAGAUGAUGGUCCAUGUAGAGUUUUAGAGGUGGAAGCACAUUCUGAUACAGUUGAUAGUAUUCAGUGGGCACAUAACGGUUUAAAAUUUAUUUCGGGUUCUAAAGAUGGUACUGCAAAUGUUUGGCAUUUUGAACAACAACAAUGGAUAUACAAACGUUUGUUGAUGACUACAAAACUUCCUGGAGAAUCAGAAACAGAAGAUGAUUCUAACAAAAAGGCUAAGGUGACUAUGGUUAGUUGGGAUGUAAGUGAUGAAUGGGUUAUUACAGCUGUAAAUGAUAGUUGUCUUAAAGUAUGGAAUGCAAAAUCAGGUGAACUGGUGAAAAUUUUACGUGGACAUAAAGACGAAGUUUUUGUGUUAGAAUCUCAUCCCAUAGAUCCCCGUGUUAUAUUAAGUGCUGGACAUGACGGGCAACUUAUAAUUUGGGAUGUUCUGAACACAGAACCGAUAGCGUGCUUUCAAAAUUUUAUUGAAGGGCAAGGUAAUGGUGCUGUUUUUGAUGCAAAGUGGUCCCCAGAUGGAACAAUGUUAGCAGCAACAGAUUCUCAUGGGCAUCUUUUAAUAUAUGGGUUUGGAUCUGGUGUGGAAAAACUUAAAAUAGUACCCAAAGAAUUAUUUUUCCAUACGGAUUAUAGACCCUUAAUACGAGAUGCAAAUAAUUAUGUUUUGGAUGAACAAACACAAACUGCACCUCAUUUAAUGCCUCCACCAUUUUUAGUAGAUGUUGAUGGAAAUCCUUAUCCUCCAGCUCUGCAAAGAUUGGUUCCUGGGAGAGAAAACUGUAGAGGAGAACAAUUAGUACCAAAUAUUGCAGUAGGUGCUGGAGGGAUGCAGGAAGUUAUAGAAGGACUUCCAGCUCAAGAACCACGAUCCAACAUUGAUCAGUUAAUUGAAGCGCUUGCACAAAGACAAAAUAUUAAUGCUGAUGCAGAAAAUGCAGCUGAUGAAAGAGAUGAAAAUGCAGCAGAGCAACCAGUUCGUCAAAUGGCUAGUCCGCGAGGAAGCAGGUCUGGUUUAAGAAGAGCUGGAGAUGUCGAAGGUGUACGACAAAGUAGUGGUAAUUGGCAAAGAGAUAAUACUACACCUUGGAAUAAGCCUAUUCUUGCUCGACCCAUGAAUCCGGCUAUUAGAGAAACACAAUUUAAAACUUUACAUGCAACAGCAGAAAUGGAACUUGAAAAUUUGAAACGCGAAAUGCGAAAAAGACCACAACCAGUAUCAAAUACUGCCAAUACCGAAGGUAAUAUAGGUAGUCGAAUAGCAAAUCGAAAACGCAAUAGAACUACUAGACAUGGAUAUAGAACUAGAGCUACGCGUAGUGAAGAACAAGAAGAUGAUGAGUUCGAGAAUCCCGAUAAUGCAGCAACAACAGGAAGUUCAGCCAGUAGUAAUAGUAAUGAUUCUACUGCUCAUGAAGAAGAUUUGUGUUCUGAUAGUUCAACAUCAGAGUCUAGUACUGAAUAUUCAGAUUGGAUUGCAGAUCAUGGUUUAAAUUUAGAACCCCCAAAGCGAAGUAAACGCAAACCUGUAAAAAAACGAUCUCUCACACCACCAAGUGAUAUGGACAAAAGGCGUAAUAGACGACCUAGAAAAAAGGAUAUUCCAUUGUCUACUGGCAUUGAUGAUAUCCCAGAAGUUUUUAGACCUUCAGAAUGGCUUACCGAAAUAAUACCAAGGAAAGCCCCAUAUUAUCCUCAAAUGGGUGAUGAAAUAGUAUAUUUUCGACAAGGUCAUCAGUUCUACUUAGAUGCUGUUAGGAAUAAAAAAGUAUAUGAACUUGGUCCACGAUGUGAACCAUGGAAUAAAGUCAAUAUAAGAGCACAGGAAUUUGUAAAAGUAGUAGGUAUAAAGUAUGAAAUACGUCCACCUCGACUAUGCUGUUUAAAAUUGGCGUUAAUGGAUGAAUAUGGAAAAUUAACAGGAGAAAAUUUUACUAUUAAAUAUCACGAUAUGGCUGAUGUGUUAGAUUUUUUAGUUUUACGUCAAACAUUUGACACAGCUUUGGCACGUAGUUGGUCUGAAGGAGACCGAUUUCGUUGCAUGAUUGAUGACGGAUGGUGGAUGGGUCAAAUACAAUCAAUGGAACCUUUAGACGAAGAUUUUCCAGAAUCGUUUUUCAUGUGUUUCCGUGUCAGAUGGGAUAAUGGCGAAUAUGAGAGAAUGAGUCCUUGGGAUCUUGAACCAAUUGAUGAAAAUAGACUUCCAGUAGUACUUGGAGGUGCAGUUCCUGUGCUUCAAGAAGAGAUACGUACAAUACUAUAUCAACCUCAUGCAGAGGAAUGGCCAAUGGGAGAUAGAGAAGCAACAUGCCGCAGAAUUAUACGUGGACUAGAUCAAGUGAUGAGCCUUGCAAUUGCAGAACCUUUUAUGGCGCCUGUUGAUCUCAAUGCAUAUCCUUCGUAUGCAUUUGUUGUGGAAUAUCCUAUUGAUUUAACAACCAUAAAAGCUCGUUUUGAAAACCAUUUUUAUCGAAGAAUAACAUCCGCACAGUUUGAUGUCAGAUACUUAGCAACAAAUGCGGAACAAUUUAAUGAACCACAUAGUCAAAUAGUAAAGCAUGCAAGAAUAGUUACUGACCUAUGUCUACGUAUUAUAAAAGAAACUACAGAAUUAGAUGUACCAGCUGUUUAUCACCAACUGGUUGACACAUACCAUUCUUCUGAAUCAGAAGUUGAUGUAGAAGAUGCAAAGGAUAGACCUUCAACUAGCACUCAGAGAGCAACCUCGAGCAGAAAUUUACGUUCACAAGAAGCAUCAGCUGAUUGGAAAGUAGCAUGUCGUCAAUUAUUAGAAACGUUAUGGCAAUGUGAAGAUUCUAUUCCUUUUAGAGAACCAGUUGAUAGAUUAGAGCACCCAGAUUAUCAUCAAAUUAUAGAUACACCAAUGGAUUUACGUACGGUAAAAGAGGAUUUAUUAGGAGGAAAUUAUGAAACUCCUAUAGAGUUUGCCAAAGAUAUGCGAUUAAUAUUUACAAAUAGUAGAAAUUAUAAUACUAACAAACGAUCAAGGAUAUAUUCAAUGACAAUAAGAUUAUCAGCCAUGUUUGAAGAGCAUAUGGGAAGAAUUAUUUCAAACUGGAAAUCUGCAAGAAGACGCAAUAAUAAUGCAAAAAAUACAAAAGGGAAAGCUAAAAGGGGCAAAGUUCGAUUAACAAAUGGCACUGCACCUUCAAAAUCAAAAUCUGCUUGUUCGGAUGAUGAUGAUGAGAUAAAUAGUGAGGAUGAUGAUUUAGAUGAAAUGGAAAAGAAUAAUUCUAACAUGUGUGCACCAGGGCCAUCACGUAUGACAAAUGGACAUACAAAACGUUCUGCUACUGCGACGCGACCUACGUUAAAACUUCGGAUAUCUAGAUCUGCAGUACCUAAAAAACCAAAAGAAAGUGGAAGCGAAGCCAGUGACUCAGAAGCUUCCACAGAAAGUGAAAGUAGUGGUAGUGUGCCUGUAAGAAGGACACGAGCUAGAAAAACGGUACCCAGUGUUAGUGCUGAUAGUGAUUCUGGGGAAGUAUAUACACCCAGUGGACGUGGAAAACAAACUCGGAAAAAUCGUGCGAAAAAUACCAGAAAUAGUAAACAAGUAAAGUCGAAGUCAAAGCUAAACUUUUACGAGAACUCAAAGAAUGAUAAGUAUGAGGAGGAUGAAGCAUUUUCUGCAAAUGAAUUAUCAGAUGAAGAAAGUGAAGAGGAAGUUAUUAAUAGAAGUAGAACGAGAUCACGAAAAUUAGCAUCUACACCCGAACAUAAUGAAAGUUUGAAGAACACAACAAAAAGUGGAAGAAAUAACAUUGAAAGUCAGAGUGAGGAAGAAGAAGAAGAGGAAGAAGAGGAUGAAGAAGAAGAAGAAGAAGAAGAACAGUCUCAAAAUGAAAUUAAUAAUCAGGAUUCAGAUAGUGAAGAAUCAGACAAAGGUUUUGUAUCAUCAAGAUCUCAAAGAAGAAUUCGUGGAACAAGAGAGAUACAAAAUCAAGAAACUGUACAAAAUUCAAGAAGAACUGGAAAACGACCUCGCUAUAAUGAAGAAAGUGAUGAGAGCAAUACGAUGCCAGUUAGAAAUCGGCGUAAAAUUAAGCGUCGAUAUUAUGCAGAAGAAAGUGAUGAAAGUCCUGAACCUGAAAAUGUACCACGUAUUAGUAUAAGUAGUAGAGGGCGUGUGCGCAAAAUGACGGAACGUGCACGGGCUUUUCUAUUAGAUUCACCCUAACAGCAUCUUUCAUACUAGUAAUAAAAGUGUAAAUUAUGAUUUUUCAAACAAUUCUUACAAAUGUUUAAGAAUAAUGUAAAAAUUUAAAAUGUUAUUUGAUAAUGUUUAUUCUAAAACACUCGACUGUAUAAACACUUGACUGUAUCCAUAUUAUAGCAUUACACUAAACUUGUGUAUGCCAGGAUAUAUUGUCUGAAAAGUUUAAGGUAAGAUUAUAGGUAGGCUGUACGUAUAAACACUUGAGAUUGUCAUAGCAAUUCAUCAUAAACACUGCUACAAAGUACUUCCAUUAUUAUGAAGCACAUUGGUAAUGUUAUUUUUUCAUGUUUAAAUAUAUAAUCAAUUAGCAGUGUAUAAGACAGAUUUAAUAGCAAGCGGAAACAGUGUAAUCAUUCUAUAAUAUUCGUUUGUUUGAUCAACAUACUUUUUAUACAUUUUUCCAAAUUUUAUGAUAUUACUGGUUAUUUGAAUAUAAAAUAUUUAUUGUAGUUUUAACUUACGCAUCAUUCCCAAUACUUAGAAUGGAAUAACGACUAAAUCGUUAUACAAUUAUUUUUGCAAUUGUUAUUCAUAAUAUAUUGUUUAAAAAUAUUAAUGGAAGAGUAUUCUUUACAAAUCCUGAAUAAACAUACAGUAAUAACAGCAAAAAAUAAAAUGUAUGAUAAUGUUAAUAUUACAUGAUUGAAAAUAUGUUAUUGUACCUGGAAUAAUAUAAAAAAAAUACCCAUCUUGUUCGGGGAAUAUAACUUUAAGCUUAACUUAAUAAGUUCAACUGCUGCUUUUUUGAGGAAAGUCAAUUGACAAAUGAAAAACUACUUUCAUGCUAAUAUCUUAAACAGUCAAAAAAAGGCAUUAUCUUCUACAUGCAAUUGAUAAAAAUAAUCUGUAUCAGUGUUUAUGUUUAUGUUUAAUUACAUAAAUGAAAUUAUAUUGUAAAUCCUUUUAAUAACACUGACAUUUACUUAAUGAAUUUAAUAUUUGCAUAUUUGUAUAUUUUUCUAAUAAGAUAAUUUUUCCUCUAAUAUGUCCUAAGAUAAAAUAAAAUUGGUUUCAGGUCGAAAAUUGUUUUCAGAUUGAACAUAUAUGUGGAAUAUUAUUUUUUUAUUGUGUGCAUACUUUUAAUAUUCAUAAAUUAAAUCAAGUGUUUGUACAUUGAAGAAAGAAUUGUACUUACCAUCCAUAUUGUGUAAAUUACAUUAAAUGAGGCAGUGCCUUUACAUAUAUGAUUAUUUAUUUAAAGAACAUAGAUAAAAUCUUUUGUUUUUUAAAAGAAUAAUCACACAAAAAUUAAAUACCUUUCAAUUUCAUUAAUUUAAUAAUGGCACUGUUUUCGCUUUUUGCAACUAUACUUAAAAUAUAUUAUUUGUAAAUAUAAAUACACACUGUAAAAUGAUUGCAAUUUUUUUUAAAGUUACGUAAAACAAAUGUGUGCUUUACAUGAUCUGUAGUAUGAAGUAGAAAGUUUUUACAUGUAAUUUGUAUGUCCGUUAGAAAAUUAAGAACCAAUGCUCGUGCGAUUUUAGGAAUUUUUCAUAUAUAGAAAUAGACAUUUUUCAGAUUUAUAUAGCAUAAAAGUUAUUUCACUUACUAUACAAUAGGAUACAAGUUUUUCAAGGCAGUUAUGCAACUGGCAAACUAACAUAGUAUAAGAAUAUGUGCACAAAUAUUGGAAGUCUUGACUGUCUCGGGCCAUUGUGAUAUUAGCUUAAGAAUAUUAAACAUAAAAUGAUAUAAAUAAUAAUAAUUAGAAAUAUAACGGAUAUUUUUUUAAUAACGCCUUGAAGAGAAGGAGUCAUAUCAUGUGGACUCAAGAAGUCAAAUAUCUGGUUAUAUUAUAAUUUAAUACCAAUCUUAACUUUGAUCAUUUAAUUACAUUACUAUUAUGGUGUUUCGUAUCUUAAUCUUCAGAAUUAAUAUAAUUUCGUGUACAUAAAUAUUGUUAAAUAACAAAACUUAACACCGAAAUUUUCGAUUUAUGUAAAAUUUAAAACUUUAGUUGUGAAAUCAAUGUACUCUGUUGCAUACUUAGUUUAUCGAAACCCACCGUCACCAAUAAAAAAAUAUUAAAUUGUUUCAUA